CAGUCAGGAGGAUGAUCUUCAAAAAAAAAAUCACUGUUAUAUUUUUUAUUUUUACUCCAUUACUUCCUGAAUUCAGUCGUGGUGAGUGAAAAUGACUUUGAGACGUAGUAUCAGUGAAAAUGUACUGCAUGUCAAUACUACAGCAUUUUGCAUCAUUAUAGUAAAAACAAUUAUUAACAAUAAGAGGAAACAUUAUCAAGAAGUUUAGGAUACAGACUGUGAAUGUACUGGAUUUGCAGGUUGAUUAUUUAUUGAUUAUUUUUUACCUUUUAGGUUCGAUUCAGUAGAAGUUUUAAAAAGUUUCUUGUGUAUUACAGAUAAACGAUUAAGUAGAAGGACUGUGGUGAUGAGUGACGUCAGGUUUGGAGACAGACAUUUAAGUGCAGAGUGAAGAAUCGGCAAUUACAUAAACUCAACUCAGAAUUUAGAGGAGAGUUGAAGUUUCUGUGGAUGUGGUGGUAUAAUAGUUAAUGAGCUGUUAGGUUCAGUGUGUGUGUGUGUGUGGUUGGGUAGAGUGUGUGUGUGUGUGUGUUGCUCAAUCUUGUUGCUCAAUCACCUUUCAGCAGUUCAGAAAACAUACCCCUGUCUCCCUCACACACACACUCUAUCUCUCUUUCUUACAAACACACACGAUGCUGGUGUGUUAAUUUGUACAUCGGACCAGCGCACAUAUUAAUAUUUGCAGUGUUAUUCGUUUAAGUAAUAUUUAAAUACCACUGGCACCUGAUGAAUAAAUGCGCUUCGUUUAGGGCAGUAAAAAAACAAAACAAAAACACAAGCGUCAAAAUAACGUGCGGAUGUAAUGCAGUGCGGCCUGUUCGCUGCACCGAUCACACACACACACACACAAACAAAAACAAACACAAAACAACAUAUUCUAUGAAACCAGGUGGAUAUUUCAGAUUAUUUAGUCUGAUCGUUGGUAAUUUCUGAUUGGCCUUCAUUGACAAACAGAAGUUUUAUUAUAAGCGCAAACGACGUAACACUGACAAAUGCGUUACAAAAAUAACAAUAAGGUACAACGACUUUCAAAUAUUAAAAUUUCCGGUGAUAGAUUCAAUUUAAAUAAUUAUUUCUUUACGUAUAGUGUAUUGUAUGAAUAUUAUUAAUACAUUAAUAAUACUUAAUAUUAAACUGAAAACUGAUAGUCUACAACCUGAAAACUAACGGUUUAUUACUGAUCAUAUUUCGCUGUUUGAAUGGUAAAAAUGCGCUGCUGUGGCUCAGUCCAAGUCUAGCAAAUAUUGCGGGUUUAAUUCCACACACUGUCAUCUUAAAGGCUGCGCCGUCAGUAGUAAAAGAAAAAAUAUAUUACGUAAACCUUAACGAAAACUAAAUACUAAAUUAAAACGUAACAUAUUAUAAAAAUCUUAAGGAGACAGUGACCCUUUUUAAGAUUUUCUGUAGCGGAUACGGAUUAUUGUAAUUGAGGUCAAUGAAAAGCCGAUGAGUUGUUUACUUUUUGUUUCAGCUCGUCUGAUUUUUUUUUUUUAGUAGAACUCAACAUUAAAAUCAUUCAGGAAAUAAAAUACUAAUUGUAAUGACUUAACCGACACAAUAAAAUGUUUAUUUUUUGUUUUAACUAUUAUGACUUUCAUAUUAAACAAAAUAAUUUUGUUUGUUUGUUUACCCCCUUCUGUAACAAACUGUCAUUAUACAGUGAGCUGGUGUCACUGCGCUGCCCAAAAAUCUGCCUGUUUAUUAAACCACUUAAGGUCCAAUAGUCAUUCUCUUUAUGAUAUUGUCUCUCGGGAAAUGUAUCUUAAUCAUCAUUAAGGCUGAGGUUUGAAUUAGGAAAUAACUGAUGAUGGUUGUUAACAAGUUCUGACCAAAUGACUGGAAGUCAAUGGAGAAUCUAAAGAAGAACAUCUGGGACGGAUCUCUUGUUUUGGGACCAGAUGAUGAUAAAAUCUGGUCCCUAACGAUUCAGCACCGUUUAAGAGGCUGUGCUUAAAGAAAGUGAAAGAUGUGAGUCGUGGCCAGGUUUUAGGGUAACGUCUGAAUGGGUUAUAUUUAGAAUAUUGAUUAAAAAAAUUAAGGUUAACGGCUGUAUAAAUUAAUCAAAGUCAAUUAAAAGGUUCGUAAAAAAAUAGCUGCGCGCGCGCGCGCGCCUUUGCGCAUGCAUGUGUGAGUGUGUGUUUCGAGAACAUCUCACUGAGUUUCUCUUUCAGCCAGAGCCCACUGAGCAGCGCACAGGCGCAGAACACAGCUCUCUCUCUCUCUUUCUCUCUCUCUUUCUCUGUGCUGGUGGAGGAACCGAGCGGUACUAAGAUUCUGAACCCACCGACACACCGACACUUAUCAGCGGAAACAGUCAGUCAGAAACAGCCGCUACCGCUGCUGCUGCUGCACCCAGACCGGUGGAGGUUAAACACUGAGCUGCUGCCGGUGCACUGAGGAUGGAUUUAGGCAGAUGACUGAGUGUGUGAGAGAUGCUGCAAGAGAAGGCUUCAGCUGUGACGGAUGGAUGUACGAGCCGGGUACAGACCAGCGUGGAGACGGAUCACCUCCCAGAUCAGUCACGACUAGGCCAUUCUACGGCUUCCUCCAUUCCCAGCCCCAAUGGAUUCUCAGAGAACAUUGAAAACAUCAAGGUUGUUCUACACGAGAGGGAACUGUGGAAGAAGUUCCAUGAAGCAGGAACAGAGAUGAUCAUUACUAAAGCAGGCAGGAGGAUGUUUCCGAGCUACAAGGUAAAAGUCACAGGGAUGAACCCCAAAACCAAGUACAUCCUACUGACCGACAUUGUUCCGGCUGACGACCACCGCUACAAGUUCUGUGAUAACAAGUGGAUGGUGGCUGGAAAGGCAGAACCAGCGAUGCCAGGGAGACUUUACGUUCACCCAGACUCUCCUGCCACAGGAGCCCACUGGAUGAGGCAACUGGUGUCGUUUCAGAAACUCAAGCUGACCAACAACCACCUGGACCCUUUUGGUCAUAUCAUCCUGAACUCAAUGCACAAGUACCAGCCACGACUUCACAUCGUCAAAGCCGAUGAGAACAACGCCUUCGGAUCCAAGAACACAGCCUACUGUACUCAUGUCUUCCAUGAGACAGCCUUCAUCUCUGUAACCUCCUAUCAAAACCACAAGAUAACACAGCUGAAAAUAGAAAACAAUCCGUUUGCCAAAGGGUUCCGAGGAAGUGAAGAAGGUGAUCUGCGUGUUUCAAGACUACAGGGGAAAGAUUAUCCCGUGAUUUCGAAGAACAUAGUUCGUCAGAGGCUCAUCUCCUCACACAAUCACCUUACGGGGAAACUUGGAGCUGGGGUUCUGACAGGUCAUCCCCAAGUCCUCUCCUCCUAUCAGUAUGAGACUGGGGUUCCUUUGUCCAACAGAGACCCUCAAGAUCCACUAUCAAACCACUUGACUCAGACCAGAGAUCCAAGCCUCCUUUACCACUGCUUCAAACACAGAGAUAACUCACGACACCUGGAGCUCGGCUGCAAGCGUCCAUACCUGGAGGCGACACCUGUGAGCUCAGAGGAGCAUUACUUUCGCCCCACUCCUUCUUAUGAGUCCUCUCUGUUGUCUCAUCCGUACUGCACUGAGGGCAUCACCUCCAGGGAGCCUUGUAUGUACAGCAGUGUGGAUACAGAAUCAGGGUCAGGGACUGGGGACACAGAGGACCUGGCCAAUUCCCCUUCAUUAAAUUGCAACAUGUGGGCUACCAUGCAGCCCUACCCUUGCUAUGGUGUGGAGGGGGUUUCCUACCAGCCCUUCACGGCACAUUUCACCAACGCCGGCCCAGUCACACCGGUGGUGCCUCAUCCCUCGUCAUCCAUGGUUCCGAGGCCACAGGCUGACCUGAGCGUCUACAACGCCAGUUCAGUCCAGCGAGGCUUGCCCAUCAUAUCUCCAUCCUCCUCCUCUUCUUCAUGUUCUCCAGUCAUUCCAGGUCCCAGAGAGAGGCCAGGCCAUCCAUCUCUGUACCACAAGAAGACAGGCUCACCUCUACACCCUCACAGAGAUUUCACAGCCUAUCCGGCACAAGGUACCUUAUCCAUCAGAGAUCCAGCCUAUCAGUAUCAAGUGGGGCUGAGUAGUGCAGGAACUCAUUGGACUGACAGCUAAUGUGGACUAUUGGACAAAGCAAGUUUGUCAAGUCUGACAAUAAUAAAGGGUUUCACUCCACUGAAGAGAAACCUGUCCUACAAACUGCCUCUUAUCAAUGUACAGUAAAUCCUCCAACACCAAGAAGUGUUUUUUUCUUUUUUCAAAACUGAUGCCAAGCAUUGCUUUGAACAGUGGUUUGGUCAUCGAGCGGCAAAAAGCAGUAUUCUCAAAAAUUGUGAUAAUUUUUAUAAUCUUCAAGCAAAAAAAAAAAAAAAAAAUCAAUGGCAUAGAACUGGUAACGUUAGUUAGCCUUUCUGGGUCAAUAUAAGUAAUGGUGGUAUAAUCAAAACAUCUUAAUAAAUCAAAGAAGCCGA